CAGCAUACUGAGUUUGAAUUUCUUGGCCCUGAGUUAAAAGGUAUUUUCAAAAAGCAGGCUUUCAGGUAACUUUUGGCAAAUUCAAAUUUUUUACAACUAUAAAACGAUGUACCGAGUUGCGAGGAAAAGUGAAGCAAAAUAACUUGAAGAAAGUAUAUACGUACUUGUUCAUGGCAAAUGCCAUAGAGAAGCAAUCUUCUUUUGGUUCUCGUCGACACGAUGAGCCGGAAUUCGACCUGAAAGAAUGGGCUCUGAGAGCCCGAAUCAGCCGAGGAAACACGAAUUCAAGAAGAUUUUCAGCCUCAAAUUUGAAGAGUUUCAGAGAGGAUGAAAGGUCUUUGAGAUCAAACAUAACCAUCUCCAGCUCUGCUUCCUCUCCUGGCUACACAAUUAGAGAGGAGAUUGACCCUUCAAAAUAUUCAUUCACCACAGCCCUGAAAGCAUUACAGGCAAAAACUUUGUACACAUGGGAGUACUUAUCGCCAGACGGCUUAACUCUCAACUCAAAGUGGAACGAUGCAGAGAAAUACAUAUGCAAUCCCCUGUCAGGGGAAGUCCCACUCGAGUGUUUAUCAGCAAAAACUCUCAGCGCGCGAUCGUUUCGCGGCCUGAAAAGCAGAAUCACUAUGUCUGCUCCACUCAUCUACCAUUCUCAGCUCCAGCAGUUUCAGGCAAAGUCUCCAAUCAUCGAACAUGAAACCGAAGUGAAAAUCACAAUCCAAGAGGAAAAUCGGAGCACGACUAGAGAUGUCGGAACUCAGAGCACGCCCACUGAUCUUAGUCCAUCUCGCAGUCCUUCUACCGAACAAAGAGCAGUACAGCAGAGUGAGGCGGAAGCUGAAGAUUCACCUGCUUCUACUGGGAAACCAAAAUCAGCAGCAGCAGAGGUAGAAGUGAGAGAAACAAGAGAGAAGGGAAGAGAGAGAAAGCAGAUGAUGUGGAGGUGGUGCAGCAACACCACCCAAUCAGGAGGAGGAGGAGGAUGCCUAUCAAUAUCAUUGAGGCGUUUGUGGCCCCACAAAACAGACAAUCACAAACCAACCUCACCCACCUUUCUUUACCAUAUUAAUAAUAAUGCUUGCUAUAAAGAAUAAAAUAAUUCUUCUUCUUCUCUAUAUAUAUAGAAAUAUUCUCCUAUAUUUAUUUCCAAUUAUAUAUAUAAAUUUCAGAAUUGGAUUUGAAAAUAAUAAGAGAAACAUGUGUUGUUACUAAUUUACCCUCAUCAAAUAAAUUUUAAAAAUGUAAAAAUGAAUGAAAACGUAAUUUUACUGUUCUUACCCCCAUCAAAAAAUUGAGAGAAGUUUGUUAAAAAAAAAAAAAAGAAAAAUAGAACACUCCUAUUCUAUUUAAUUAACACUAAAUAGUCGAUUUUUUUAUAGAUGCGACAAUUUCUAUUCCUAUUCGUGCACUAAUGACAUGGCAUAUAGUUAGACCAAUGUAAACUAAACUUCCUAAGAAAAUUCGAGAGUAUCCAAAUUGUGCCUGAAAAACCCUUAAUUGUACUGGUUUCAUCCAAAUAUAAUUUUUUCAAAUUAGAUUUAUUAAUAAAUUUCUAUUUAUACAUAAUUAAAGUUAAUUCAUUGUAUUAGUUACAAACAAUUAUCCAUUUAUUUUUUAUUCAAUUAAAUCAAUAUUACAAGAAUUUAAAUAUGGGUUGGUACGGAUUGUGCUUUAAUCACUAGUAAAAAUAUAAAAGCAGUGAGGGGGAUGGUGGAGGGGAAAGAGAGGAAUGAUUGAU